AUGACCUGGAGCUGGUUUAAGGAGUUGUUUUUCAAUCAAUGUUUCCCCACCACCAUCAGAGAAGCCAAAGUGAAGGAAUUUUUGAAUUUUACGCAGGGGCAUCUGACAGUCCAGCAGUACACGACAAAGGUUAUUGAGUUGUCGCACUUUGCCCCAUACAUUGUCCCAAAUGAGGCUAAGAAGGCAAGGAAGUUUGAUAGAGGCUUAAGGGUUGUUAUAGCAGAGGCAAGCAGGCAAAGGGGUGCUAGGAUACAGAACCAAAGAAAGAGGCCCAUGCCUCCUGAGUUUCAGGCAAGCACCAGCCGGUACCCAUGGAAAAGAGACCGGUAUGGCAGAGGUCAGAGGCAAGUGAUGGGGAACCGUGGGUAUCAGAGCGAGCAGACUUGUCCUAUCUACCCUAGAUGUGGCAAGAGGCAUAUGGGAGAAUGUCAUGUAGGAGAGAAUAUUUGUUAUAGGUGUGGGAGACCUAGACACAUGGCGCAGGCAUGUCAUGGGACAUUGAACAAUGCACUAGCUCCUAGACUGUUUCAGGGAAAUAAUCAAGCGCCCCAAGGGAAUCAGCAGAGGAAUAUCGCCCCGGCGCGGGUCUAUGCUUUGAUGCUAUGA